AUGGCUUCAAAAAAUGUCAUCUGUGGGGAUACGAACAACGUUUCCUGGCCGUUAAUUAAGUACACGAAACUUGUUGGAACACGUCUGGAGAUCCCAGUAGCAUCCGGGCAAGUAAUGGCUAUUACUUACAAUAAAAAUCGAUGUUAUCUUAGUGUUAUGUUCAAUUCAUCAACACUUGAGGAGUUUUCAUUGGCACCGAAUCCUCGUCCAAUUGUAAGAAGUAAAGAAAAGGAUGUUUUCAUUCAAGUUUCUUCAACGAAUGGCACAACGCUGACUAGAUUUCGCAUAAAAUUUGCUAGAUUAUCAGAUCAUGCGUCAUUUGUGGAAUUUAUUUCAUUCUUUGUUAAAGUUUUACCACCUUCAAACCUGAAUACUUCAUCGGACUUUAGCCAGCCGUUAUCGCAGGGCUAUACUGAAAUGAAGUCAUCUCAAGAAAGCUCUCAACUUAGUUUAUUUAGCAGCGAUUCUUCUUCGCAAAAAUCGAUGAAUGUUACUACCAUUCUUCCUCCAGAACCAAUCUCUGACUUUUACCCGAUGCAGAAUCCGACUACCCAUACUUCGUUAUCUGCGAGUUUGAUCGAUGAGAAAGUUUAUGAAGUGUUGAAACCUAUGAAACAUCCAGCAGUUCAGCGUUGUUCCGAAUCUUUCGAAAUCUCUCCAGUGUCUUUUUCUCAAAGUUCUGGUGCGAAAUUAUUGAAUUGUUUAAAAACUUCAAAAACUACCGAUCAGGCAGUUCCUUUUAGCACUAAUGAUAUGGAAAUAGUAGCCACUCAGCCUAUUGUGGAUUUAUCAUCAGCGACACAGUUUAGUACAGUGUCCGACAAAAAUUAUGGACAAGAAAAUAGACGAAGUGUGGAUGUCCAAACUGAGUACUGCUUAUCGAUCAGCGAUCUAUUGAAUGAUUCAUCAUUACUUGAGGAAUAUUUGACGGCAAAACUUAAGGACCAUCAGUUCAUGCAACUCGUUGAGAAGUGUUCACAAGUUUAUAACACAGUUUUUUAUACAAGGAGAGCUGUAUCUGAUAAUACGUCUUCCAUCGAAGCAGCGAUUCCUACAAAAAUGCGACAUUUCAACAAAUAA